AUGAAGUUUCAAGAACUGAAGCAAAGUAGAGGGAUGGAAAAAUAUGUUCCAUCACUUUCUCCCAUAUCUGAAUUUCAUUAUGACAAAAAUGAAUGGAAACUAAAUCCUCUCACCUAUCUUUACUUCAGUCCUAUCUCAGUAGAUUUUGGAGAUGUUUACAAGCAUCAGCAAGCAUGUGGACAUAAGCAAUUCAACAAAGAUUGGCAAAGAGGCAUCUCCAAGACAGUAUUUUUUUGCGCAGAGGACAACAGCCUGUAUUUUACAUACAAUGGGAAAUCAAAUGUUCUAGAAGUCAGAGACCUCAGCUACCAGGUUAAUGUGGCCCCACAGAUUCCCUGGUUUGAAAAACUAGCGGAGCUGGAAAUGCCAUGGACAUGUGCCACAGACAACGAAUCCCACAGAGUAGCCAUACAAAACCUGAACUUCAAAGUCAAGAGUGGGCAGAUGCUAGCCCUCAUAGAGAGCUCUGCUUGUGGAAAAACAUCUUUAUUUGAUCUGAUAACAUGUAGAGACCAUGGAGGCAAAAUUACAUCUGGUGAAAUUUUAAUAAAUGGAAAACCGACCACUCGCCAACUGGUGAAGAAAUGUACAGCCCAUGUACGGGAAGAUGACAGACUGCUACCCAACCUGACAGUCAGGGAAACAUUAAUGUUUAUUGCAAAACUGCGUCUUGCAAAGAUUUCAGAUUCAGAAAAAGAAAAAAGGGUCGAAGAUGUUAUAGCAGAACUAAGGUUGCGGCAAUGUGCAAAUACAAGAGUAGGGAACGAAUAUAUCCGUGGUGCUUCUGGGGGAGAGAGGAGGAGAGUAAGCAUUGGAGUCCAGUUACUGUGGAAUCCUGGAAUUCUGAUAUUCAGUGAUCCUACCUCAGGACUGGACAGCUUCACUGCUCACAACCUAAUAAUAACAUUGUCCAGAUUGGCCAGAGGAAACAGAUUAGUCCUUCUGUCGGUUCACCAGCCACGAUCAGAUAUCUUCCAGCUUUUUGAUUUGGUGCUGUUGAUGACAUCUGGAGUCACAGUCUAUUCUGGUGCUGCCCAGGAUAUGGUCAAAUAUUUCACACAAGUGGGUUAUCCCUGCCCGACAUACAGCAAUCCUGCAGAUUUCUAUGUUGAUUUGACAAGCAUUGACAGGCAUACUGAGGAAAGAGAAAUGGAAAGUAAGCGAAGAGUUAGCUUGCUUGCUGCCAUGUUCCAUGAAAACAUCAAACAUUUUGACGAUUCGUUGUGGAGAAGCAGCCGAAGGGAGAGCGUGACACCUGUUUCUGAACCCAGGUUAAAAAAAAAUAGCAUAAAAGAUGAUCAGUUGCCAGGAUGGUUACAACAGUUCACUAUUUUACUAAGUCGUCAGAUCUCCAACGAUUUUCGAGAUCUCUCAGCAUUACUAAUCCGUGGAUUUGAAACUCUUCUCAUGUCUUUACUAAUCGGGUUUCUUUAUUACAACCAUGGAAAUAGCAAGCUGUCUAUUCAGGACUUGUCAGCUCUUCUGUUUAUGAUAGGAGCCUUGAUUCCUUACAUUGUGGUUCUUGACAGUAUCACAAAAUGUCACUCUGAAAGAGCAGUGCUUUAUCAAGAUUUUGAAGAUGGGUUGUAUUCUGUCAGUUCCUAUGUCUCUGCCAAGAUAUUAGGAGAACUUCCUGAGCAGUUCUUCCUUGUCAUAGUUUAUGGGAUUCCCAUCUACUGGCUGGCAAAUCUCAGGCCUGAUCCGGAAUGUUUCUUUCUGAACUUGCUGCUCCUUAUGUUUUUGACAUAUUGUGCCCGGGUAAUGGCCAUGUGGAUCUCUGCCCUGGUGCCAACAUUGCAGAUUUCAGCAUUCAUUGGCAACAUGUUAUACACAACAUUCUUCCUGAGUGGAGGUUUUUUGAUAAGCUUGGAAAACCUAUGGACAGUUCCAUCGUGGCUAUCUAAAGUAAGUUUUGUCAGAUGGAGUUUUGAAGGUUUAAUGCAAAUUCAGUUUAGAGGAUUCACUUCUGGGAAUUUAACCUAUCCAGUUCCUGAAACACUUGUGCUCCAAACCAUGGGUUUAGAUUCCUAUCCCCUCUAUGCAAUUUACCUCAUCUUGAUUGGGAUGACCACAGGCUUCUUGGUUUUAUACUAUUUAUCACUACGGUUCAUCAAACAGAAAUCAAAUCAAGACUGGUAG